AUGGAUAGUGGGAGCUCUGCCUCAGAGGAUGCGGAACCCGAGUUUAAAAUCGUCGUUCUAGGCAACGGCGCGGUUGGUAAGACGUCACUCAUCAAGCGAUACUGCGAGGACGGCUUUGGCCAAAGCUACAAGCAAACCAUAGGCCUUGACUUUUACUCGAAGAAGGUGGACGUUCCAGGAUUUCGGUCCGUUAGACUGCAGAUUUGGGACAUUGGCGGGCAGCAAAUUGGAGGAAGUAUGCUUGCAAACUACGUGCAUGGCGCUGAUGCCAUAUGUUUCGUCUACGACGUGACGAACCCCGCCUCCUUCAAGGAUAUUGAGGAGUGGCACGAGUGCGUCCUCGCACUACUGGCAAAAGAAAAGGGGCGAAAACCGCUGAUGGUGCUUGUAGGCAACAAGACGGAUUUGCCAAACCGACAAGUUUCGGCGGAGAUGCAUGCACAGGCGGCAGACGCGUACAAUAUGCGACCCCUUCUCAUCUCUGCAUGCUCGGGGGACAGGAUCAACUCCCUCUUCAUGAUGCUUGCUGCCAAGCUAGCGGGCGUUGGCAUAUCGCAACAGGAACUUGAUUUGACGAAUAGGGUAGUUGUGAGCAUCGACUCGGUGCCGGACGAGCGGACACCGGCCUUUCGAGCCUCUGAAACGGGUGGAAAGAGGAAGAAAGUUGAUGAUAAGUGCGAAUUAAUGUAG